ACUAAUUCUAGCAGCUGUUGAUUGGUGUGCGACAUUUUAGUGACAGUGUGCGCCGAAAAUAAGACAUGCCAAGACCUUCUCGUGAAACUUAUGGCGAUCAGAAACCUCCUUACUCUUAUAUAUCAUUAACGGCAAUGGCAAUUUGGAGUUCACCCGAAAAAAUGCUACCUUUGUCGGAAAUUUACCGGUUCAUUACCGAUAAUUUUCCGUACUAUCGCCGUAAUACGCAACGAUGGCAAAAUUCGCUACGACAUAACUUGUCCUUUAACGAUUGUUUCAUUAAGAUACCGCGUCGACCCGAUCGCCCAGGAAAGGGUGCUUAUUGGGCUUUACAUCCGGCAGCUUUCGAUAUGUUUGAAAAUGGCAGUCUUUUACGGCGCCGGAAACGGUUUAAGUUAAUGAAGAGUGAUAAAGAACUGUUAGAUAACGAAUUAGCCGCUUUAGCGAAUAUAAAUAGGUUCUUCUUUGCGCCGGCGGAAACUCAAUCUGAAGGUAUUCCCUCAAACGCGCAAGUUUCAAGAGUACCAUCACCUUCGUUAAAUACAAGUGAACCUGUGUUAACAAACAUUAGGCCGAAGAGGUCAUUUACCAUCGAAAGCUUGAUAUCGCCAGAUAAACCAUCGGAAGAAGACCCCAAGCAGCAACCAUUUUCGUCGACAACCACACACAUGCAAUGGACGUUCCCACCAUACUGCGAAAUGGGCUUAAAACCACCGAUUUUGUUCCCCAACAAUUCCUAUUACCAUCAACAGUACCAUCUACCACCGCCCGCAGAUGAACUUCUUCGAGUGCCUCGAUUUAUCUUACCUUCCAUGUGAUCCCAUUCAUAUGAUUCAUAUGAUCAAUUCGUAAGUCUGAUUAUAAUUUAUGAGUAGGGUAGGUAUGCUAGUGAUACAUCUGUGCUGAUGCAACUUUGUGCCACUUAGAUUUAACCUUAGCUUCUUUUCUUCUUGUAUACCUAAUCAAUAUUGCACCCCAAGAUCUUGGGAAGCGUCGGCACACAUCCAGUAUGCUCAGUAUGUGCAAUAAAAUUGUCUAAACAAUAUUAUUAUCUGCAAUUUUGUGAACCCUAACUUUAAUUCUUUAAUAUUUGAUACAGUAUCGUUUGCUAUUACCGAAAGUAAUUAUAGGUGUACGUAAAGGUCAAAACGUUUA